UAGGGAAUAUAGAACACCAUAAUUAUCUGACUACCAUAUAAAAGCUGAAAUCUUCUUGAAAGGGCAAUCCUCUACAAACUAUGUAAACAUGGCGACGUCGGCUGAAAACGCGAGAGUAUAUUCUCUGGUCCUGCUGGCAGCGCUAGCGAAUGGACAGUUGUUAGAUGACCCGUGUGACGUGGAGGUUUCUCCGGCUAUAGAACGUAAAGGCUACAUCGAUCGUACGGUUCCGCCCCAGUGCGUGCAGGGUGAGUUCCGUUGGGCGUACCCACAGAACACGGUCCUGCUGCACUUCCCUAACCAGGAAGACGUCUUGCGAACCGUCUGCGUACGGAACGACAUCCUCGGUGACGUGUUCACUGUGCGUGACGUCACUCAUAUGAUGGGAAUGCCGAUGGUCAUUGGAGAGAAGGAGAGUUGUACCGUCCGUCACAGGAACGAGAUCACGCUGCGUAUUGACGCACCGUCAACGCUCUACUAUGUGGCGGCGAUCUGGUACCGCAUCCAGACCGAGGCUUGAGAUCCCGGCGCCGUCGGGCUCACCAUUUUAUCACAUGCUUCUGACAAUCAACUUACAUAAUAAUUACCAUGUUCAUACCGAAAUAAAAGACGAAACGGUU